AUGCGCUGUGCCGCCCUUAUCAUCGUCCUCGCUGCGACUGUCGCCCGCGCACAGAGCCCAACAUCCACUGCCUCCCCAUCAACGCCAAGCCCAACAGGACAAGGCGAGUGCACCUGGCACAACACCCACUGGGAUUGCGAGCUGUCCGUACCCGCGGCCUCGGCAGGGUCCCACGACGACCACGAACACGAAGCACAUGGAGACAGCGAACAUGCCGCGUCUGGAACAUCCGCCGCACCCUCCACCCCCUCCCCAACUGACCGCGGCGCAUGUACGUGGCACAUCUCGCACUGGGAUUGCGACAAGCCAGCGACAGGCUCCGAGCUCGGCGCUGAGGCGGCUGCGGCCCAUGGCGAGUGCAUCAUCCACAGCGGACACGUACAUGGCGAUUGCUCUGCAGAGCAGCUUGCGUGCGGCGCCGUCCUGCUUGAGCACUACGACAUGCCUCUGCAUAUCGGCUCCGUCUUCAUCAUCCUCGUCACGACCGCAAUCGGGUGUUUUGUGCCCAUCAUCACUGGGUGGACGCGCAGCAACGACAGGCUCACGGGUGCGCUCGACGCGUCCUCGUUUGGGCGUGAUGUUGGCUUUCUGGGAAACCUGCUCUUCAUCGCGCGUCACUUUGGCACGGGCAUCAUCCUCGCAACCGCGUUCAUCCACCUCCUUUACCACGGUUUCCUCAUGUUCAACAACAAGUGUCUCGGCGAGCUCGCGUACGCGCCGGCCUCUCCAGCGAUCGCUAUGGCCGCGGUCAUGCUUACGUUCCUGUUCGACUUUUUUGGGGGGCGCACUGGGCAUAAGCGCCUCGAGGCUGCUCACGCGGCCGGCCCCAGCUCGUCUGACUCGGCGAGUGCCGACGAGGAGAAGAACACGCAUAAUCACGCGCACGCGCACGCUCCCGUGUUUGAGGGCGGAUGCUCACACGCCGAAGCCGCCUUCCGCCAGGAGCAGGACUGGCAGGUACUCCUCCUCGAGGCCGGCAUCCUCUUCCACUCGAUCAUGAUCGGAGUGACCCUAGGUGCGGGCUCCGGGCCGGGGUGGACGACACUACUCAUUGUCAUCGUGUUCCACCAGUUCUUCGAGGGCGCCGCACUCGGAUCGCGCAUCGCCCUCCUGUACUGGAUCUCGCGUAUGCGCGCCCUCCUCAUGGGCAUUGCUUUCAUCCUCAUUACGCCCAUCGGCGUUGGUAUCGGCAUUGGCGUUCGCAAGAGCUUUUCGCAGAACGGCAAGACGUCCAUCCUCGCAAUCGGCAUCCUCAACUCGGUUUCCGCGGGUAUCCUCAUGUACACCGCGUUCCGCCUGCUGUCGGGCGACUUCACAGAGGGACCGCUCCGCCGGAGUAAGCGGAGUGCAGUGGUUGCAUCGCUGCUGGCCAUGUUCACUGGCCUCAUCUCGAUGAGUAUUCUUGGCAAGUGGGCAUAG